AUGGGAAAAAAGAAGAGAAUAAGUGGGAGUAAGAUCUUUAGUAUUGGAUUAAGAUCUUCGAAUUCUAAUCUUGUAACUCCUGAGGAUCAAUCUGAUACCAGCUUUGUUGAAGAUGAUGAAGAAUCUGAUCUCAAUGCUAUGGGGUCAACGGGACCAAAGGGGGAGAAAUUGAGGAAAUCUAUGGCGGAAAUCUUAAACUCUUCAAGCUCCAUUGUAAAUUCCCUUCCUCUGGUCUCUCCUCCGAUGGCUGGGGUUAAAUCUCGUUUGCUCUGUAAGUCUCUGCCCUCUGAAUCUCAUAGAUCUGGUAGUUUUUCUUGGGCUGAUGCAAAUGAUUCUGAGGAGUUCCUUUUUUCUCAACAUCUUUCUGCUAAAUCUCCAAGAAUCUUGGACUCUAAUCUCUUGAAUUCAGUAUCGGAUUCAGAAAAAGUUACGGUUCCUUUAGUUUCUGUUGAGAAAAUACCUGGUGAAGUCUCUUCAGAUGGACAAAAUGAAUCAAAGAAUGAUAAUACUAACGGAGUUUUUAUGGAUUUUCCACCCUUGGAGUCUGGAAAAGUCUUCAAAAAUUCAGUCCCUGCUAAUAGCAAUGCCAAGAAAAGCUGGGUUAGUUUCUUUUCUGACAAUAGAAAGCUUGGUUGUGGCCUAGAUUUGAAUUUUGUACCCCCUAAUGAAAAAGAUAUAGUGAUUUUUGAGGAGGAUGAAUGGUAUGAAGAUGCAUCUAUUUGGGAUUCUGCACUUAUUGGUCAAAUACUGGGGAUAAAUAUCAAGUUUAAAGCUAUGGAAGCUUUUGUUCAAAAAGUUUGGUCACAUUUGGCUUUGCCUAAGAUCUGUAUUCUUAAACUAGGGCUAUUUUUAUACAAAUUCAAAAGCAAAGAAGAUAUGAUGAUUAUUCUGGAAAGUGGACCUUGGUUCUUUGGAUCUAGAUCACUUCUUCUUAAACCCUGGUCGAUUGAUGAAGAGAUAGGUAAAAGAAAUGACUGCUUAUAUCCAAUGUGGAUUCAGUUACCAGGUCUGAGAUUAAACCUGUGGAAUGCUAAAUGUAUUAGUAAAAUAGCUAGUCUUAUUGGCAGACCUAUUGCCACUGAUAAGCUAACUGCAAGCAGGCAGAGGCUAGAAUAUGCUAGAGUCCUUGUUGAGGUUAGUAUGCCAUCUCCUCUUCCAGAUCAUAUCUCCAUUCAGGGACCAAAGGGGAAAAAUAUUAUUCAGAAGCCUGAAAGGUUUUCUGUGCAUGUUGUGCAUGAUGAGAACCUGAAUGAGCAUAGUAGCAGUAUUAUACAGUCUGGUGCAAAACUGACUGAAAAGGAGCCUAACUAUAUGCAACAAGCUCAUGUGGUGCAUGCUUUAGGAAAUGGAGUUGAUAUACAACAAAUAAGCAGCAAGUCUGGUUUAUUGCAGGCUGUGCAUGUUGAAGAAUGUGCACAGCAAUCUGAAACUAGUUCAAAGCAAAUAAUUGGUUCUGGAAAAAAUGAUGAUAAUUCUUGGAUACUUGUUCAAGGGUCCAGAGUUAAAAAAAAUGCAUCUCCAUUAUUUUCCAGUUGCUCAGAUAUUGAUCCCUCUGUUAUUGCUCUCCUGGAAACCAAAAUAAAAGAAUCAAAAUUAUCAAAUUCUGCCAAGAGGAUUGCAAAUGACUGGAAAUGGUUGUCAAAUGUCAGAAACUCCUUUAAAGCUAGGAUUCUUAUUCUGUGGGAUCAUAGAAUUCUGGAUACUCAGGAUGUAAAUAUCUCAGACCAGCAAAUUACUUGUGCAAUUAAAUCUCUUGAUGGGAGGCUGGAUUGUGUCAUCUCAUCUGUAUAUGGUUUCAAUCAAACGGAGGGCAGAAAAGAAUUAUGGGCAGAUUUAAUUCAAAUUCAGGAAAUAAUAGGAAAUGUUCCCUGGCUCAUCUGUGGGGACUUUAAUGUAAUGAUUGAUAAAGAUGAUAAGCUUAGUGGUGCAGUCCUUUCUGACUCAGAUACUAGGGACUUCAACAAUUGCAUUAAAGACUGUCACCUAAACCAUAUGAAAACUCUAGGCUGCUUUUAUACCUGGAAUAAUAAGCAAGAGGCAGAAGCAAGAGUGUGGAGUAGGCUAGACAGAGCUCUAGUGAAUGAUCAAUGGAUUACUGCUUAUAAUUCAAGUUAUGCAGAAUAUUUGUUACCUCAUUUUUCAGACCAUUCCCCAGGCCUGAUUUCUAUCUAUGAGGAUUGUUUGCAAGGAAAAAAAUCAUUUAAAUUCUUCAAGAUGUGGACCAAACAUGCUGAUUAUCUGCCUACUAUUUCUAAUAUCUGGGAAUCAGAUAUACAAGGAUGCACAAUGUACUCUGUAUGCACCAAACUCAAAAUGCUGAAAGAAGCCUUGAAAGUGCUAAACAAGAGACAUUUCUACAAUAUUAGUGAAUAG